AUGGCUGAGCCCGAUCCUGCGCACGCAGAAUUCGUCAAUGCCCUCUCAUCGCUGGAUCCAGAGAAGGAUGUGCCGGAUGAGAUGAAUCCUAACGCAGACGGGACCUUUUACCAAUCCCAGAUUGGUGAGCGACCGUCCAAGGGACACUUCUUCUCUCCUCUGGAUGCACAGCUCGCGGAGGCGGUACAUAACGAUGCAGACUCGGUAGUGUACACCGAGGAAGAAGAGAGAGCUGUGCGGAAGAAAAUAGACAUGCGAGUCUUGACUUAUCUUUUCAAUCAGUUUGAUCGGACGAACAUUGGCAAUGUGCACGUUAUAGAUGCGUUCAAUGAAAAUUAUGGAGUGACCGACAACAAUAAAUGGACACUUGCACUUAGUGUAUUUUAUGUUGGCUAUUGUCUUUUAGAGAUGCCAGCGAAUGUCCUCCAGCGACGUAUCGGAGCAAAUCGCUUCUUCUUCAUGUCUUUGACAUUCUGGGGUGUCUCCUCGCUGUCGUAUGUUUACGGCAAAGGCUAUGCUGGAUUACUCGUCUUACGGCGCGUACAUGUUCAUCACUUCAAUUCACCCUCACUGAUAGGAAAACCGUUUGGUGUAGAGUUCUUCUGGGAAUUGGUGAGGCAGGGUACUACGCAGGCAUGGUGUACUACCUGUCAUUUUGGUAUAAGAGACACGAGCUUGCCAUGCGCAUCAGGGACGUAUCCUGGCGCUGUCAGUGGACUUAUCGCCUUCGGCUUGGUUCGUGCACACACGUCUCUGCUUCAAGGCUGGCAAUUUUUGUUCCUCAUCGAGGCGAUCCCCACGAUUGUGAUCGCGUCCCUUAUCCUGUUCUUCUUACCAUCAUUCCCAUUCUCCGCUACAUUCUUGACGCCACGCGAGAAAGCGAUUGCGCAGGCGCGUAUGAAUCGCGACCAGAAGCCGACGUCCCAUGGCGGCAUGAAUGGGUGGCAGGGCUUCAAGGCUAUCGUGAAUGAUGUCAAUGCGUGGUUACUGGUCGUUAUUUAUGCGGGGUUUAAUAUUGGCACAGCGACGAUCACAUAUUUCCUGCCCACGCUGAUCGAUGAGCUCGGAUACUCAGACAUUAACGCACAGGGAAUGACUGUCGCACCGUAUGCUGUUGGGUGGUUCCUGGUCAUCUUUCAGGCGUGGCACAGUGACCGAACGCGGGAUCGAGGCUGGCACGUUGUCGGGUCAAUGCUAACGUCCUUCACGGGAUAUGUCAUCCUCGCGACGAGCGUGCAGAAGAGCGUUGGCGCAGGAUAUUUUGCGCUCUUCCUCGUCGUGGGCGGGAAUUUUAGCCUGUUCCCUCUGGUGAUGAGCUGGGCUGCGAACGUGUUCUCGCCAACGUCGAAGCGCGGCGUGGGCACUGCUUUCAUCGUGUCGAUCGCGAACUGCAUCUCCAUCGCCUCGCCGCAAAUCUACUUCGACUCGUACGAUGACUACCGCAAGGGCCAUGCCAUUGCCGCGGGGUGCAUGUUCCUGUCGACGCUCGCAACAAUUGUCCUGCGCAUACGGCUGUCCUGGAUGAAUACGAGGAACAAAGAAAAGCUCGCGACACUGACGGAGGACGAGAAGAAUCAGCUGAGCGACGACCCGGAGAUAUGGGAUAAUGACCCGCGCUAUGUGUUUAUGGUGUGA